CUACAGCUGUCAAUAGGAAUACAAUCCAUAGAUUUUGUGACUACAUUCAGUCAGGAGUUUGAAUUUCUUUGAUAUAUGAGUUUGCUACACAUAAUUGCAGGAUUUGGAGGAUUCUAGGGCAGUUUCGCCAUGACUCGGGAGAAAGACGGCACAUCGCCUUAUCAGCAUCCAAGCGAUAUCGAAGCUUGCAGUACGCCAGAUGCCUCAAAAUCUGACAACGAUGCGGGUCCAACUUCUGCUUUCAAGCAGCUCGCCCUUCUAGAUCAAUUCCUUGCAGUCUGGAUCUUCCUGGCUAUGGCUAUUGGCAUCAUCCUUGGUAACUUUGUUCCCAACACGAGCAAAGCUCUGGACAAAGGAAAAUUCGUCGGCGUAUCGGUGCCUAUAGCAAUCGGCCUGCUAGUCAUGAUGUAUCCCAUUCUGUGUAAAGUGCGAUUCGAGACUCUCCAUCGGUCAUUCCGCGAAAAAGCACUCUGGAUCCAAGUCGCAUUCAGUAUCCUUGUGAACUGGAUUAUAGCGCCUCUAUUCAUGCUUGCCUUAGCAUGGGCGUUCCUCCCCGACGAACGAGGACUUCGAGAAGGUUUAAUCCUAGUCGGCAUCGCACGGUGUAUUGCAAUGGUCCUUGUCUGGACUGGUCUUGCAGGAGGAGACGGUGAAUACUGUGCGAUUCUGGUCGCAAUCAACUCGAUCCUGCAAAUGGUUCUAUUUGCUCCACUCGCGAUUUUUUUCAUUCGAGUCAUCGGAGAUGGAGACGACGGUCUGACCAUUGAGUAUUCGUUGGCCGCAAAGAGUGUUGGUGUGUUCCUUGGUAUACCGCUGGGAGCAGCCAUUGUCACCCGCUUCGCUUUAAGGUUCCUCAUCAGCGAUGAAUGGUACGACAGAACCUUCGUGAAGCUGAUCAGCCCGCUAUCUUUGAUCGGUCUUCUGUUCACGAUCCUGGUACUCUUUGCUUCCCAAGGCAGGCAAGUCGUCCAUCAGAUUGUAUCAGUCGUUCGAGUCGCCGCUCCGCUCAUCGUUUACUUCGCCGUCGUUUUCCUCAUCACCCUCCUAGUAACGCGCCGGUUGGGCUUCGGUUACAAGCUGUCAUGCACACAAAGUUUCACGGCGGCGAGCAACAACUUUGAGCUUGCAAUCGCAGUAGCAAUUGCAACAUUUGGUGUCGACAGCGACCAAGCGCUAGCCGCCACAGUCGGUCCUCUCGUCGAAGUUCCCGUGCUCUUGGCGUUGGUAUAUGUCGUCAGGUGGUUUGCCAGGCGACAGCAAUGGAAAUGACGAGAAAUUUUGACACAUGCACUUGUACAUAAUGCGAUAAUGCCUCGAUAACGGAUAAUAAUAGUAAGCAAGCCCAUCAGUGGUUGCUAAUUUCGUCUAGAACCUGAAACAAAAUCUGAUUCUGCACCCUACAUCCUUCUUCGGUUGUGAGGCCUUUGGAGAAGCCCGCCCAUAGCCUCUUGCGAAUUUCCGUGAUGUCCAUGCCGCGAGUGUUGUAUUGCUGGAUCAGUUCAUCCGCUAUUGCACAGAGUGUAGUAUUGAGGGGGUCCCC